AUGGGAAAAGAUGACAUAAUAUACGAUGAUCAAAUAACAUCUACGAGUCAGAUAAAGGCUCCCUAAUAAUUAAGCUAACAUCUCCUUAGCGAGAUGCACAUGAAUAUAAGUAACAAAGAAGAAAGUAAGUAAGUCGGAAAACCUUUAGACUAAGUAUCAUAAUAAUUUUUAUCCGAAAUAAACUAACCUAACGCAAAUUUCAAAUGGUUAUUAAUGUCCUGUAUAGAAACUGCAGUUUCCGUAUUUUUUGAAAUCGCUCCAACAUCAAUUACAAUUAUGUUUUUAUCAAACAAAAGUAACUAAGAUACCGUCAGUGGUUAUGGUUUAGCUAUGGUUUUAAGUAAUUGUAUAGGAUAAAGUGUCUAUUAUGGCCUAAGUAGUGGUUUAGAGACAAUGGCAGCUCACGCCUAUGGUGCUAAAAACUAUCCUUAAGUUGGUUUAUUAUUAUAUAAGUGUUAAUUUGUGAUGCUAUUAUUAUUUAUUCCGAUAACAAUAUGUAUGAUAUUUGCUAAGGAAAUUCUCCUUUUGUGGAAUACAAAUAUUCAUAUUUGUGAAAUCGCUUAAGUAUAUUGCAUUUGGUGUAUUCCUGGCUUAUUUUUUACUUCGAUAUUUUAUUCCAUGAGGGGUUUUUUGAAUGCCUAGAAUGAAUAUAGAAUUCAAAUGUUAGCUUUAGGCAUCGGAUUCCCAUUUAAUGCUUUACUAUGCUAUAUUUUCAUUACUUGGCUAGAUUGGGGGGUAAUAGGGGCUGCUAUUUCUUAUAAUAUAUUGAGACUUUUCAUUGUUAUAUUAUUCUUUGUCUUUAUUGAGUUUAAAAAACAACUUAAAAAAUGCUAUAUUCCUCUUUCGAGAUAGAUUUAUAAAAACUUAUGGCCUUUUCUUAAAGUAGCAGUUCCUAUAGGCUCUGUGGUUGCUUCUGAUUGGAUAAUUUAUGAGGCUUAAUCUAUUAUUGCAAGUAAUUUAGAAGAAAGUCAAUAUGCAGCUCAUAUUGUUUUGGCUAAUCUUAAUGUAAUGCUUUUUUCGUUUUCUAUAGGAUAUUCGGUUGCUUCAUGUACUUUUAUUGGAAAUGAAAUGGGUAGAAGAAACGCAAAAAAGGCAAAAUAAUAUGCCUAUUAUAGUUAGCUUAUUUUACUUUUACACCUUAUUGUAUUUAUUGUACCACUAACUAUUUUUAAAAACUAUAUAGCAGAUAUAUUCACCGUAGAUGAGAAAGUUAAAAGCGCUUUCAUUAAAACUUUUUACUUUUUUAUAGCUCAAAAUGUCAUUAUAGGAUUUGAAACUGUUAUGUCAGCUUAUACAAGGGCUAUAGGAAAAGAAAGGUUCCUUUGUAUUAUUUUCUUUUUAUGUAAUGGACUUCUAGGGUUAGUUUUGAGUGUAGUCUUUGCCUAUUAAUUGAAUUGGAAAUUAGAUGGAAUUUGGCUUGGAAUGAUUGCUGGAGUGGCUAUUAAUUCACUACUUUAAUUGGUCAAAAUAAGUUUUACUGACGUUAAUAUAAUGGCUGAUAAAAUUUCUAAAAGAAUUAAUGAAAAUGAUAUGUAACAUAGUAUUGUUAAAUCUUUCAAAUUGGCUAGUAAUGGCUGAAUUUUUUUAAUCAAUAUAUAGAUAUAUAUAUAUAAAAUAAAAACAUUAUUAAUUUGUAUUUACUUUAUUUAAAAAAGUUAUGCCU